GAUCCAGACACUGACCAACCCCUGAACAGCCACGAUAUCACUGCCUUUCACAAACCCCGAAGGCCCCUGGAGAUCUUCAAAAAGGUGGGGAUCCCCAUCAUCGCAGUGCUGCUGAGCCUGGCAGCCAUCGCGACUGUAGCCAUCAUCAUCAAGGUGGUUCUGGUCAGAUACUACUUCAUCUGUGAAAGUCCUCUGGCCUUCAUUCCGAGGGAGCAGGUGUGUGACGGCCACCUUGACUGUGCCUUGGGGGAGGAUGAGGAACACUGUGUCAAGAACUUCCCUGAGAAGCCUGGAGUGACAGUCCGUCUCUCCAAGCAUCGAUCAACCCUGCAGGUGCUAGAUGCAGCCACAGGGACCUGGGCCUCUGCCUGUUUUGAUAACUUCACAGAAGCACUGGCCAAGACAGCCUGCAGACAGAUGGGCUAUGACAGCCAACCCACUUUCAGAGCAGUGAAGAUUGGCCCAGACCAGAAUUUCACUGUAGUUCAAGUCACAGAAAACAACCAGGAACUUCAGAUGCAAAACAGAAGUGGGACCUGCCUCUCCCUGGUUUCCCUGAGCUGCCUCGAAUGUGGAAGGAGCCUGAAGACUCCUCGUGUGGUGGGCGGGGUGGAGGCCUCUGUGGAUUCUUGGCCGUGGCAGGUCAGCAUCCAGUACGACAGGCAGCACACCUGUGGUGGCAGCAUCCUGGAUCCCCACUGGAUCCUCACAGCAGCCCACUGCUUCAGGAAGUAUCUUGAUGUGUCCAACUGGAAGGUGAGGGCUGGUUCAGAUAAACUGGGCCACACUCCGUCCUUGCCUGUGGCUAAGAUCUUCGUCACCGAGCACAAUGCCCUGUACCCCAAAGAGAAGGACAUUGCCCUCAUCAAGCUGCAGGUGCCACUCACAUUCUCAGACACUGUCAGGCCCAUCUGCCUGCCCUUCUCUGAUGAAGAGCUCAUCCCAGGCACACCACUCUGGGUCAUUGGAUGGGGCUUUACAGAGCAAAAUGGAGGGUCGAUGUCUGACGUGCUGCUGCAAGCCUCAAUCCAGCUCAUCGACAGCACACGCUGCAAUGCAGAGGAUGCCUACCAGGGGGAAGUCACUUCGGAGAUGGUGUGUGCGGGUACCCCACAAGGUGGCGUGGACGCCUGCCAGGGUGACAGUGGUGGGCCUUUGAUGUACCACUCUGGCCAUUGGCAGAUAGUAGGCAUCGUGAGCUGGGGCUAUGGCUGCGGGAGCCCAAGUACCCCUGGAGUGUACACCAAGGUCUCUGCCUUUCUCAACUGGAUCUACAAUGUGCGGAAGGUGAGUGUUUAG